AUGGCUGCCGCUCUCCUCCCCCGACUCUCCUCCCCGAGCCUCCUGUCUAGGGUUUCCUUCCGCCAAUUCACACAGAAGCUCUUCCCUUCGCUGUCGAUUGCGAUCCCCGGCGUCUCUCUGAACCUCCCCACCAUCGAUGAUAUCUGGGAAUCCGUGCUGCGGGCUGUGCCAAAGAACAAGGUCUCCCACUCGAAAAAGAGAUCUAGGCAACUGGCUGGAAAGGCGUUGAAGGAUGUGAACAGUCUUUGCAGAUGUCCCGGCUGUGGCGAGAUCAAGCGGACACAUCGGUUAUGCCAGACUUGUCUUGAGGAAAUGAAGCGCAUCUGGAGGCAGGACUACCCCAAUGAUCAGUCGGUCUAA